AUGCCGAAGAGGAGAAGACGGUUGCUCAGGCGAAGGCUGAGUGGGUCGGCGAAGGAGAAAGAGAUGGCCGAGAAAAAGAAGAAGGAGGCUGAAGCCAAGGCCAAAGCAAAGGCCAAAGCACGAGCGAGGCGUUCUGCGCCCCUUUGCGGGGCCAAGCCUCCCCUGAGGCUCUCGUUCCGGCAGUGGGCGCGUUGGCUGCUCUCCUUGGAGCUCCUGCCGCCCAAGUUGCAGCUUUGCGCUGCUACCCUGGCAGCGCCCAAACCAGUCGCGCCUCAAGUUCCGGUCGCCCCACCGGACGCUCCACGUGAUGUGGCUCAGCAGCGCACAGAUCCUGUGCCAACACCUGCAUUCGCCCAGUCUCCUACGCAGUCUGAGGAGACACCUGAGUCCCCUGAACGAGGUGCAACCAUCUCCCAGCCCUUGUUGGCAAGCUGA